CAGGAUAGGUGGCCCUGUCCCGUAUUUGUUUGUUUCUUGUUGUUGUUUAUCAGUUAGUUAAUUAGUUUGUUUGUUUGUUUGUUUGUAUAUUUCUUAUUUUAUUUGUUUAUGUUAGGUUGUGUAAGCACAUAAAUGUAAGUUAUGCAAAGACAUUUGUUUCGUGGUGUAACUCAAUUGGAACUGUUAUUUAACUUCCGAGCUUUAACAUUGUCAUCUGUGCAUCAAAAUUGGAAUCAUGUAGCUUAUACACGAAACUUGGAUCUUGGUAGGCACAUCUAUGAAGCUUCUGCAGUGAAGAGGUUGAUAGAUGAAUAUCCCGAAUGGUCAGCAUCAGAGAUCAAUGACGUCACACAAGGAAUUGCUGAUAACAAUCUGAUACAUUCGAACGUAUCGUCCCUUGAGUUAAUGCGAACUUCAACAUGUUCCAACGACGUCUUCGCAACGCUCGGCGAAGCUCGUCUAAAGGACGACGCUGAAACAGUGUCAGAACUUCUCAGUGCUAUUUAUGAGAAUUGUCUCCUGAAUAUAUCGCAGAAAGAAGUCGAAAGUUUAAUUAAACACCAACACCCUAAACACUUGUUAAAAAGUAUAAGCGAAAUAGAAAAUCGCCGCAUUUUUCUCGAUACGAAUAUGGUGGAUAGUAAAUACGAAGCAACCGUGUACUGUGAUGAUCACGUGGUGUGUACGGAAACCCACGAUGUUCUGGGAGAAGCUGAGCGAAGAUCAUGUCUAAGAGCUUUAAAAGAAGAAUUUUCAAAGCAAUUCGAUGCCUAUGAUAUUCAGUCUGAUGCUCUUCCCCUAGAAGAUUACGUUGACUUAGGAUCCGAUGCUUAUAACCAGCGUGUUGUAAGUUUAAAAAAGCCUGCUGACGCCACAUUUGGAUUUACUAUCCGCGGUGGAGAGCGUAAAGUUAUUCGAAAUAAGGAGUACAUUCAGUUGCAUAUUAUCACGCCAGUUUUUAUAAGUCAUGUUGAGAAUGACUCAGCCGCGGAGAAGUGUGGUUUAAAGGUAGGCGAUGUAUUGUUGGCGGUAAAUGAUCACUCCCUCGUAGACGUUACGCAUAGCCAAGCUGUAACUUCACUGAAGAAAUUUACAGAUCGGGAAGAAGUAAACUUUACUGUGAAAUUCGCAGAGAAAGAAGUUUAUAAACAUGAAACAGAGCAAAGAUUUUUAGAAAGAGAAAAAGAAAGCAUUCGAGAGGAAAUUAAAUCGGACCGAAUGGGGAGGUGGCACUCAGCUAAAGCCAAAGCUGAUCCUGAAGAAUAUUAUUUAGAAAAUUUUGAACACAAAAAGCGCCCGUAUCAACAUAACAAGAUAAGAAAAUCUUUGCGAUUGUGGGAUUACAAACCUUGAAAAAAAGCUCAAAUUUCUUGUCAUGUGCGAAAUAUCUUAGCUAAAUAAGCAAAAAUAGCUGGGUUUUUUUUGUUUUUUUGUUUUUGAUUGAUUAGCUCUUCACGAUUCAGUUGUCAAAUGCCAGCAUUGUUGUAGUGGACCACCGUUAUUUGCAAGAUGUAAAUAAUGUCGUUGCACUCUAUGUAGUGGCCACACCUAAAAUCUGAAAAUCAAAAAUGUCUGACCCUUAA